CGGGUACAUACUGACUGACACCCAAGUCAGGUCGUCGUGACAUGGGGACGCGUUAUUUGUCUCUGUUAGUCGUUGGCAAUGAAGCUUUCCUGACUUUCUACGCAGUCAGUGAGUCAGCUUUGUGGCCAGGUUGCGAUCUUAAUGUCAUGGGCAACUCCCAAAUUACCGUGGAAUUGUGCGAUCAAGGACACCCGACCUACAUCAUCGCUUUAGUCUCUCCUGGCCAUCGGCCAACUUGCUCUGCUCCCUCAACAUCCACGUCCUACUUCAUCGGGGAUUCCAUUACGAACACCUUUCUUAGAAGAGGCCGCAUGUGACGUUUCGUGGAUAUAUAUACACAGGUGGAGUCCACUGGCCUGAACUGGCGGCACUAGUACGAUGGCUCCAACUUCCGACCUCCCCACCUUCGACCAGCUCGGUGCACAAAUUCCUGACAAUCUGGAUGCUGGAUCUGUCGCAGCGGAAUGGUUCAAGUCGUUUUCAAAGCAUGCGGCAGCUGGCAAUGGUCAAGAGAUAGCAGCUCUCUUCGCUGCAGACUCGUACUGGCGGGACUUAUUGGCACUCACAUGGGAUUUCCGCACUUUCCACGGUCCCGCGUUGCGUCAGUUCCUGUCUGCGCGGCUUCCCACAGUGAAGAUGUCCGCGUUCGCGCUCUCGGAUGAACAUCUAUGCUUGAAACGACCGUUUCCGGAUAUGGCCUGGGUUGAGGCCAUGUUCAAGUUCGAAACCGACGUAGGGUAUGCAUCCGGUAUCAUGCGACUGAUUCCUCAAGCGGAUGGCGUAUGGAAAGCCUAUUGCAUGUUCACGAAUCUGGAGGCUCUCAAGGGAUUCCCCGAAAAGAUCGGGCCUUUGCGAAAUCCUGAGCCAGAACACGGAAAGUGGGAGGAACGGCGCCAACAAAAGACUGCUUUCGAGACCACCAAUCCGACAGUCCUUGUCAUAGGCUCCGGACAAAGCGGAUUGGCACUUGCUGCUCAUCUGCAGAAUCUUGAUGUCUCUGUGUUGGUGGUAGAGCAGAAUGAGAGAAUCGGGGACAAUUGGAGAAACCGAUAUGACGCCCUUUGUCUCCACGAUCCUGUUUGGUAUGAUCACAUGCCAUACUUGCCGUUUCCGCCGACAUGGCCUGUGUACACGCCAGCGAGAAAGAUGGCUAAUUGGUUGGAAUCAUUCUUCCGAUCGUGGAAAGUGACGGUCAGGAAUCGAGUUGGGGGAGAGAGGAUCUUAGAUGUGCAACAUCUCGUCUUUGCGACAGGGUUUGGGAGCUAUCGAGGAGCAUUGCCGACUUAUCCGGGCAUGGACACAUUCAAAGGCCAGCUACUUCACAGCUCGCAGCACAAGCGUGCCAGCGAUCAUAAAGGAAAGAAGGUGGUUGUGAUCGGUGCAUGUACUUCAGCGCAUGACAUCUGCGCUGACUACUACAAACAUGACAUCGAUGUUACAAUGUACCAACGCAGCUCGACGUACAUAAUGUCCACCAAGCACGGGUGGCCUAUUCUGAUGGGUGACCGGUACUCUGAAGAUGGACCGCCCACAGAAAUCGCAGAUAUCCAGACUGCUUCGGUCCCGAUGCAGGUCGUUGAAUUAAUGGCUCCCAGGAGGACAUUAAAGAUCGCGGAGGCUGACAAAGAUUUGCUCGAAGGACUGAAGAAAUGUGGCUUCAGACUGAAUCUCGGCUAUAAGGACUGUGGGUUCUCGCUCGCGGUAUGGGAACACGCUGGUGGAUAUUACAUAGACGUCGGAACAAGCCAACUGCUCAUUGACGGGAAGAUCAAACUCAAGAAUGACAGUCUCAUCGAAAGCUUUAGUGCGAGCGGACUUGUUUUUGAGAACGGUACAAGGCUAGAGGCAGACGUUGUCGUCUUUGCUACCGGAGUCGGCAAUGUGAGAGACAACAUCCGCAGAGUUUGCGGUGAUAUUGUCGCCGAUCGAUGCAAGCCCAUUUGGGGACUGGAUGCUGAAGGAGAGGUGCGAGGAUGCUGGAGGGAUCUAGGAAAUUUGGCCUACAGCCGCUUCUAUUCGAAACAUCUCGCUCUCCAAAUCAAAGCGAUACAGGAGGGACUCUUCAAAGAGCGAUACAGUUUGGACAGAUAGAUGCUGCCGGUGCUAAUUCAUCCGGAAUCACCCAGAUAAAUUGAAAUCCAUUCCUUUCUUCGCCUGUUCUCCUUGCCUAUGGCGUUCUAAGGAAUGGGACCAUUCAAGCUUCAAUUCGCCGGGAAUCGACCGAAAACGAGUGCCAGUACAUCAUCUGAACACGAAACAGAGAAUCCCUCCCUGUGGGAUGACCUCACCAACAACAUUGCGCGAUAUGUACUGAACAUAUUCUAUCCUGAAAACAACCCGACCUGCUCGUGCACCCCAGGAAGUCCCUCGAUGGGCGGGUAGACAGAUUACCCGUAGAGCAUAGUAUUAGAAGAAGAAUAGGGCAGGAUCUAUAGAACGCAACUGACGACUCACAUACAUGUAUCACACUAACCUAGUGAGCUUAUACCAUCUGCUGGCCUCG